AUUUUUUGUAGCUUGGUAGAAUUGGUUAAUUUACUGAGUGGAAGCGAAAGAGUCAAACAUACUCCACGUGGCGAAGAUAAUGAAUGGGUUUGUCGUUUCGUUUGUUUACACACCAGCACGUAUUUGAAAACCUAAAAUAAUCAGGGUCAAGAUCUUUAUAUUGACCAAUAACGGCACUCGAUGGUGGUGGCAUUCACAGAAUACUGGACGGGCUUAAUAAUAAUAAUAAUAAUAAUAAUACUGGAAAUGAAUCGAAAUAUUUGCGUUGAAAACCUGAUUAAUUGUUAACAGAUAAAAAAACUCGCCACGAAUUAUUUGCUUUAUCUUUUUCUUGGAAUUAUCACCUGAGAAGCCUUCUUCGAAUUAAACGUACCGCCCUCAGCUUUCUAUGUGCACCCGCGCAUGACAUACACAUAUAUAAACACGCACAGACACACACACAGAUAAUAUACUUGCUGUGGGUUGUCUAAAAACAGUUUCAUUUAUUAGGAGGUGCACGUGUGUAAUUAAUCUCAAUUGAACGUCGAAAAGAUGGAAGAUCACAUUGAAGUGAAGACCGAGCCAUGUGAAACAAAGUUUGGUGUCAUUGUCAUCUAUUCUUCAGAAUCUAUUGGCAGAAUGACUGUAAUCUUCAUUCCAAAGACGAAGGCAGUAUUUACGUUAACCGCAUAUGAGAUCUACGACGCAACAGAGGAGAAGUUAAAGAAGACGGAGGCAUUAUCACAGCUGAUACGUGAAAAUCCUGUUAAAAUAACAUGUGGCAUCCCAGUGGAUAACAGCACAAGAUUCUAUGAUGCCAAGUUUCUGAUAACUGCUGCGGAUGGGGAUUCUUUUAAUGUAUCAAAGACAGUCGUAGUCAUUUUUGUGGAUCAAGAUAUGAAGUCUCUGGAACCAGCUGCACCAUAUAAACCAGUAAAGUUGCCAGCGUUGAAUUUUUCUUGUAAAACGGUCAAACUUCCUGGAAGAAAUAUGAGGGGAAGUCUGCCUGAGAAAAAUUUCCAUAAUGUCGGAGUUUUUGUGACACAACGCACAGUUGAUCCCCGUCUUCAUGAUAUGAGCAAGAAUGGCUUAUUAAGUAAUUGUCCAGUGUUAAGACAUAAUUUGACUAAAAAAAAUUAUGUUGAGAAGAUGAAGCUCAUGAUUGAUCUCUGCUUAAAAUCAGAAUAUGCCAAUGUAAAUAUCCUGUUAAAUAGCUAUUUUAAAAUCAGUUUUGUUAGAGAAGACGAGAAGACAGAUAUCUUUGAAUUUGAGAUAAACACAGAUGAAUUAUAUGUGGGUGCUUCCCUCUAUGUCUACGAGAAGGAUGGUGAUUCUGUACACCCUAUCCGCUACGAAGGAAGGAUAAAAGAUUUGAAUUCAGACUUUGCUACACUUGAAUUCCCUAAAAAAUUUCUCCGGAUAUUCGAUCCAGAUAAGGAAUUUUAUCUCCAUUAUCAACCGACCAAUUUUAAUGCUUUCAUGAUGCACGCAGCACUGGAUUUGAUAGGAAGAGAAAAUUUCGAAGAUGUGAUAUUUCCAAAAGGGAUAAUUCACAAAAACCAUGAAGAUUCCUUGAAAUUAAACUUUUUUAACAAACAAAUGAAUGAUAACAAGGAACAGGAAAUGGCUGUCCAGCAAAUUUUUUCAAAAAAGGAUUGUCGAGCUCCUUUCAUUGUCUUUGGUCCUCCUGGAACUGGUAAAACAACUACCAUUUUGGAAGCUAUUAAGCAAGUUUACACUAUGAAGAAGGAUGCCAAGAUCCUGGUCUGUGCUCCGUUUAAUAAACAUGUUGAUGAAAUAACCAUGAAGUUGAUGGAAUUUAUUCCAAAAGCAGAACACAAAAAGACCCUUCACAGGUGCUACGCCUCAACCUACGAUCCUUCUGAAAUUCCUAAGAAAAUUAAGACUGUCACAAAUCUCGUAACAGAUCAAGAAGAAUUGAAAAAUCCUGGUUUGUUUAUGAAUUACCAAAUAGUAUUAGCCACUCUAAUAACAGCUGGAAGGUUUGCAUAUCACAACUACAAGGGUCACUUCAGCCACAUAUUUGUAGAUGAGGCUGCUUUUGCCACAGAACCGGAGACACUUGUGCCAUUGGUUGGCCAGAUUGAUGAAAAUACUCAAAUAAUUCUUGCAGGUGACCCAAAACAGUUGGAUCCAGUGUUCAAAAGUGAACAAGCCAGAGAUGCUGGAUAUGAUGUCCCUCUGAUCCAACGCCUCAUGGAUUCAAACCAAAACUACAGAGACACAAUGGUGAUCAAAUUAUUGAACAAUUACCGAUCACAUCCUGCAAUUAUUAAAAUCCCAAAUGAACUUUUCUAUCAGGAUGAGUUGAAGGCAUGUGCAGAUGUGAAGGAAUAUUCCAGAUUUUGUUCGUGGCCACAUUUGCCUCAGAAAGACUUCCCUGUGAUUUUUCAUGAUGUUUUCUCUCAAGAAGUGAGGGAGAAAUCAGACCCAUCCUUUUUCAACUUGAAGGAGAUUGAAGUUGUUUAUAGUUACGUUAACAAACUUUUAAAAACUCCAGGAGUUAAACAGACAGACAUUGGAAUUAUUGUGACGUAUAGAAAGCAGGCAUUGAAAAUAUCUGCGUAUUUGGAAAAGAAAUCCAUAAAAAAUGUGACUGUUGGUACCGUGGAAAAGUUCCUGAGUUCUGAAAAAGAAGUUACCAUUAUUUCCACUGUCCGAAGUUGCCUAAAUGAUGAAGUGGAAAGUUCUGUUGGAUUUCUCAAGAAUCCAAAACGCUUCAAUGUGGCCCUCACAAGAGCUAAAGCACUAGAGAUCGUUGUCGGCAAUGCUGAAGUCCUGAAACAGGUGCCAUGCUGGGGAAGCUUCAUUUCCUAUUGCCAGGAAAACAACAGUUUCAUUGAAGACAAACUCCGAGAGGAAAAGAGGAAAAGCAAAACUAAAAAAGCUAAAAAAUAAGAAUUCAUUUCUUGUUUUUUUUUUCUAUUUGGCAACUGUAAAACAGCAGACCUGAAAGCCGAGAGUUCUUCUUGGCUGACAUUUGAUAGGAAACUCACUAAACACAAUAUUCUGCUCUUAAAAACAAUUUUCUUCAAACAAUUCUCUGAUUCCUUCUCAAAGAU